AUGUCAGAAAAGCCGCACGUCUGCCUUAGCUUUCUAAUAAUCAUCAUCUUUGCAUCCGCGAUAACUGCCAUACAGUUACCGUAUGAGGUUUAUGAGUCGAUAAUGGAACUCAGCGAUCUUGAUGACUACAAAAAGCUUAUUACUCAAGUUAAUGUGUCCAAUGAGCUAGGCCCCACUCGUCCAAUUUAUCGACUGGACCUUGACCCAGAAUACGUAGCGUAUUACGAAAUUGACACCGGGAACAACUACGUAAUAUUCUCUUCUGGGCCUAAAACCGGAGAUUAUCGAGACGUACAAAGUGGACCUGAUCCACGACCAAGCGACAUACUCAUUCAACAGGCUCAAAAAAUCGGUCAGAGGUGUGAGAAAUUUUACCGCCUAUCACCAUUUGGACUAACAAUUUGUAAAAAUGGCAAUGGAACAGUCGUCGCGGCGAACUACAACUGGACAGCUGAUUUUGCCGAGGUAGGAUGAUAAUCGAUCGUAACUAUAUCUAAAAAAUUUUGACCAUGGCAGGACUAGCUCAGUCGGUACUCUUGAAUGCAAAGCGGGAGGUCGCGGGUUCGAUUCCCAGGGCCGGACCAUUACUCGGGGUGGAAUAACUAAAAGAGAAAGAAAGGUAGUGUCAUUGUCAGCAAGUGACUGGGAUGACCAUGUAAAAUGGAGGUCUUUUACGUCCUCCUUAAUUAAUUGACACUCAUAUAAAAUGCGUUUUUCAGAAUUUGCUUGAUUAUAAAUUGUUUUGUUUCGUUAUGCGUUACGUUAUGUAAGAAGACAGUGACUGUUACACUAAUAACUUUCUGUGUAUAGUGUCAGGGUCGCUAGAAAAUGAAAUGGUACAAAUUGGUCUGCCUCUAAGAGUUUGAAGUUCAAGAGGGAAACAAAACGGCCGCUCUGAUUGAUCAAAAUCUUCAGAAAGUUACAUUUUUAAGAGAGAAUGGAUGCUAUUCGGAGGCUACCGUGAUCCACACAUUUUUUAAAAUGAACUAAACGUGCUCUUAGUCGGCAUGUCCAGCCUUUUAAUAGCGACAGAUAAACGCGACUAUUUUUAUCAAAAUUAAUUAUUAAUUAACUCCGAGUUACUAUCCAGACAAGUGAUCCGUCUUUCUAUGAAAAACAGAUUGGAGACUGGCGACUGCUGGAUCAGAUGGUGAGAGACAGCGCCGAUAGCUUUAAAAGUAAGUGGCACGAGAGAGCAGCACAAAGACGGUCUAAAACAGAGUGGGCCACCACAGAGGUUUUUUUCAACGGUAAUGCAAUCAACAUGAAUGAAACUGACGAGGAGGUCCUUACACCUGGCUCCGUGGCAAAAGUCGCACUCGGUGAGCAGUUCAGAUCAGUUAACGUGUACGUUACCAACGGUGAUAACUGGUGUAUGAGUCCUAGCUCAAGAUCAGCGUGGCACCAGAAACUCUGCAAAGUGCUCGUUGAAGUUUGUCAGCUGGACGGGACGGGCGUACCAAGAUAA